CAUCGAGGGCGUAGGCCCCGUCCAGUGGCAGCCGUCAUCGAUGACCCGAGGGAUUGGAUCAUGAGUCUUCACACGGUCCCGAUGGGGUUGGCUUGGACAAGAAACGAAUCACCUACACUAGUCAUGCCCAGUCGUACAUGCUCGAUAAGUCAGUACUUAGAGUUGAGGGGGGGGGGGGGGGGGGGUGGUUCCAAUGCUCCUCGUCAUCUCCUUCCCUUCCUUCCUUCGGUGGGCCAGGCCCGUGCGAACCAUUGAAGCUGCCUACAAGGACUAGACCGCCGGGUCGGGAAAGGCUCUUUUGCUUUCGGACUCCAGUAAUGAUUUUGGCCGGGCUGCAGAAUUAUGCAGACAAGCAGCAGUGCAGACAACGCAGUGCAGCCAGCACAUUGCCUCGCCACCCGGGUUGUGGUUGGCUGCCAGCCCCAACAGUUGCUAGUAUUAUUGUGUCCACUUUGUCAAUGGCUUGCCAUUGGCACUGUGGCAGUUCCAUUUGGGCAACCAUCUACUCCGUACCAUCUGGGCUUCCACUCCGAUCUUCUUUCAUCACCAUUCACUGUGAGCGAGUGUAUCUGCGAACCCUGCUCUGUAAUGCAGGCAAGGCCAAUGAGCGGAAGAUUGAUGCGGGCUGGGAUGGGAAAUAGCGAUUGCCCUACUUUGUUAGUGGCGGACGCCGUCUCCCGUCAUUCCCGUCAGUUGCUGUUCAGUCCCAAUACGGUGGACGGCGGGCCCGGGGUAUCGCAUCCACUCUUCUGCACCGCACUGACUGACGGGUGCUAACUUGCUAAACUUGAGGGUACCGUUUCCGG